ACAUCACCGAGGUCAGCCGUGUCUCCUCUCCUCCAUAUCGUCCUAUACCCGGCACCGGCAGCUGCUUCUUUGCUUACUCUUAUUUAAAACAUUUAUGUUCUUUUAUGGUCUCCGGAAACCUUAACAACGAUAAAACAUAUUUCGACACAAUGGCAAUUCCUCCAGCAUAUGCAGAUCUUGGAAAAUCAGCAAAGGAUAUCUUCAACAAGGGAUAUGGAUUUGGACUGGUGAAGCUUGACGUGAAGACAAAGUCAUCAAGUGGAGUGGAGUUUAAAACAUCGGGCUCAUCCAAUGUGGACACCAGCAAGGUGACCGGAACGCUGGAGACCAAGUACAAGUGGGCCGAGUAUGGGCUGACCUUCACGGAGAAGUGGACCACAGAGAACACGCUUGGGACGGAAGUCUGCAUUGAGGAUAAGAUCACAAAAGGACUCAAACUGAAUUUUGAAACCACAUUCUCACCAAAUACUGGGAAGAAGAGUGGAAAAAUCAAGACGGCGUACAAGCGCGAGUACCUUCAUGCCGGCGCCGACGUGGACUUGGAUUUUGCCGGCCCCACCAUCCAUGGAGCGGCAGUGGCCGGCUACGAGGGCUGGCUGGCUGGCUAUCAGAUGAGCUUCGACACGGCCAAGUCCAGGAUGCUCCAGAGCAACUUUGCCGUCGGCUACAAGACAGGCGACUUCCAGCUGCACACCAAUGUAAACAACGGCUGUGAAUUUGGGGGUUCCAUUUACCAGAAGGUGAACGACCAGUUGGAGACGGCCGUCAAUCUUGCGUGGGCAGCGGGCAGCAGCGGCACACGCUUUGGAAUCUCGGCCAAAUACCAGUUAGACUCCAGUGCCUCCAUAUCAGCCAAGGUGAACAAUGCCAGCUUGGUAGGAAUUGGAUACAGUCAGACUCUUAGGCCUGGUAUGAAACUCGUCCUCUCUGCACUGGUGGAUGGAAAAAAUAUAAACGCCGGCGGUCACAAACUUGGCCUAGGACUGGAGCUGGAGGCGUGAGGAUGACUUAUCCCAUUGUGAAGAUGAGUGGAACAUUGAUCCCUUGUGUGUUUCACUCAAGUAUUUCAACACCAACUAGCAUCCUCUCACUGUAACUCCCAUGAUGCAUCAGUCUGACACAUAAUCCCUACACUACAUUCGAUGUGGAAAUUUCUUUAGCUUGACAAUCCAGGUUGCACAAACCUUUAGUGGCGUGUUGCUUUAAGUGGGAUGGAGAAUGUAUCACUCAGCUGUUGUUUUGCACACUAGGCUUUUACCUUUAUCAAUUAAAGCACAUCUUCCUUUUG